GAUCAGCCGUGUUAUGUCACUGAGAUUUCGUCUCUGCAAUCUGUGGUAGAGAGACCUGAAUUGUUUGCUCUGUGCGAGUUCUAUCGAUUCUGUCGUAAGUUUUUCAAUGUCCGUUCGUAAAUUUCACUGAGCUGGUAAAAUAUAUUAAAUUCAUCUGUUAGGAGUUGAAGAAGAGAGUUUUUUGGUUGUUCAAAAUGUGGUGGUAGACUUAAGAGAGAUCGGCGCGAUGGCGGCCGAUACGGCGGUGGCCCCCACGGCUGAGGAGACCCUGGAGUCGCUGCUGCGCGAGGCGGAGGCCCUCAAGCAGAAGCUUGAGGAAGAGCGGCAGAAACUCAAUGACGUCACGUUGUCGUGUGUGGCUGAGCGGUUGGAGACAAUCAACUUUCCCAACCUGAAGCUACGCCGGGUGCUCAAGGGUCACCAGGCCAAAGUGUUGUGCUCUGACUGGUCUCCAGAUAAACGUCACAUUGUGUCAUCAUCACAGGAUGGCAAGGUGAUAGUGUGGGACGCGUUCACCGCCACCAAAGAGUUGACGAUCGCGAUGCCGAGCACGUGGGUGAUGGCCUGCGCGUACGCACCCUCCGGCACCAUGGUGGCGGCCGGCGGGCUCGACAACAAGGUGACGGUGUUCCCGCUGUCCGGGGCCGGCGGCGAGGAGGACGGGACCGGCGGCGGGGCCGGGGCCGGCGCCGGGACCGGGGGCGGGGCCGGGGCCGGGGCGGGCGCGGGCCGCAAGCGCACCGUGGCCACGCACACGUCGUACAUGUCGUGCUGCGUGUUCCCCAACACGGAUCGGCAGCUGCUGACGGGCGGCGGGGACGGGUCGUGCGCGCUGUGGGACGUGGAGUCGGGGCAGCUGCUGCAGAGCUUCCAGGCGCACGCGGCCGACGUGAUGGCGCUCGACGUGGCGGCCUCCGACAUGGGCGACACCUUCGUGUCGGCGGGCUGCGACCGCGCCGCGCUCGUGUGGGACAUGCGCUGCGGAGCCCCCGUGCAGGCCUUCGACGCGCACGACUCCGACGUCAACAGCGUGCGCUUCCAUCCCGCGGGCGACGCGCUCGCCACCGGCGCCGACGACUCCUGCUGUCGCCUGUUCGACCUGCGCGCCGACAGAGAGGUGGCGCGCUACACGAAGGAGAGCAUCAUAUUCGGCGUGAACUCCGUGGAGUGGUCGGUGAGCGGGCGCCUGCUGUUCGCGGGGUACAGCGACUACACCGCCUGCGUGUGGGACGCGCUGCGGGCCCAGCGGGUCUGCGUGCUGUGCGGCCACGAGCACCGCGUCACGCGCGUCACCCUCGCGCCGGACGGCACCGCGCUCGCCACCGCCUCCUGGGACGCGACGCUGCGGAUCUGGGCAUAAAGCCGCAAAUCUGCGUCGAGACGAGUGCGGGAGCGAGUGGAGACAGAGAAGAGAAGAUGAUGCAGGCGUGAAGCCGCCACAGAUCUGUAUUUAGUUGAUUUCAUUCCGUCGUUAUUGUAGUUAAGUGGAGUAAGUAGAUGGAGACCGGGCCGAGGGACACUCAUUAUACAUCCAAAUGUAAUCGUGUUAUACUCUCGUCGAUACCAAAUGUGAAACUUGUAAAUAUACCCGACGUAUCGUUGUAAGCCCAGACAAUAUAAAUAUUAUGUUCUUUGUAUUCCGCUAAGUUGUCUGAAGAGGAAUCAUUUUAAAAAUGUAUCGAUCAUUAUUAUGAGAAAGUUGACUAAUUGCGAGUUUAGUAAGAUAAUAAUUGUACUAGUGGAAAUUAUAAAUGUCAGUGCGUAGUCGGAGUGGAGUGUUUGUGGAGGAGCACCGCAGAUGUGGUCACAGCCUGGAAUGUGUCGGCUGAUAUCGCACCGAUCGGUGUGCGGUCAACGGAUAUCUACAGUGAGAGUCCCAUUAUGGGGCAUGCACAAGUAAAAGUAUUACCAUUAUUAAAUUGAUUUCAAAUGCUCUUAUUUAUUUUUAUGUAUUUACGAAAAAUUCAAUUACCAUUCCAUUGUCACCAUGUUUCAAUGUUACUAAUAUUAUUGUGAAUUGCAUUCGUUACUUCGCUCUGGUGACUAACCUAUGAGCGUCCAUUGUACUACCAUUGGUAAUGUGCCUUUGUCGCGACGUCCGCGUUUAUUUAAAUAUACUUGGCCACACCGGAAAAGGAAAUGCUAGUUUGUCUAUGGUCUGGUUAGCAAUCGAUAUCCCAGUGAAUAUCCUUUCUAUGUGCCUCAUAAUCUAAAAUAGGUAUCAUAAAUACAACACUCGAGCAUACUGCUUUAAUUAACUGGUCUCUUGAAUUUUGCCUUUAUGUUUUACAAGAUAACAGAAAGAAAUAUCGAAUUCAAAUAGUUUCAGAGUACGAAAUGUCAUUGUCUAUUUGAAGGGCUGUCACGUUUAUUUACAUAUUCUCGAACAUCGCGACAGUGUUCGAUCAGUCAUCGUGUCUAUGACGGUGCUUUUUAAUGAUCUUUAUGUUGUAUAUUAACAUUGUGUUGUCAUUCCAAAGUCAGCAAGAGCGAGACCUGUUUCAAUAACGUUCACAUCUUCAAUAAAUAGUUAAGUACGUUAAUAAGCAAAUAGUUUAAUAUAAUUCCCCGUUUGCAGUGGACGCGCGCGUGCGUCGUCUGUCCCUCCUCGUGUGACGGACGGAGGAACUGCCGAUAAAUGAGAUAGAUAAAUAUGAUUAAUUGUGAUUUCCAAAGAUUUCGUGUGGUAACAUUGUAAUUAGUUAUAGUUUCGUGGAGUAGGCAUGUGUUGUAUAUACAGGAAGCGAGCGUCGCCGAGUGCGGCCGCGUGCACCGACGAGUGUAGCGAGUGUAGCGAGCACUCGCAGUCUUGUACAUAGUAUCGUUAAGCACCUUGAAACUGAUGUUAAUUCUUAGUUCUGUAUGUAGUCGCCCCGCGGCGAACAUCUCGAAUGCAUGCGCCCUAUGCUUAUAACACUGGGUUCAGUGACCGCAAGGUGUAACGCUUGGAGAAGGUCGCCGGGGGCGGGGUCGUUAGUUCGGAACGUUGAGGUGCUCACACCAGAGUCCGCGGCGACUCCGCGCCACCUCAGUGUCAAGUCACUUCUAUUCUAUACCAAUAAACUUGAAUGUUGAAAUGUUCUAUUAUUUCUAUUCACCUCUUAUAACCUUUAUACAACAACGCGAACAAAAUCGUGGCCGAAAUCUGGUCAAAAGGUAUAUUGACGAUCCAUGGAGCUCCGUAAGAUGAUCGCGUAGUCAAAAAUAAUAUAAGGCAUUUUAUUUAAUAAUUUUAAGUCACCUUGAAUACAUAGUUAAUAGUCUAAAUUUAAAGUUCGAAAUGCAAGAUCGUAAAAUUUUAUAAAUUUUAUUUUAUUAUAUGCGGAAGAAUAUAGACCUUAUUUCUUUGAUUCUAUGCGCAAUUCUGAAUGCGCUGUUAGCAAUGUAGCAGGUACGGACCGCGAUGAAAAGAGAAGGCUAUAUAUUACCGACCAUGCAAUUGAAUAUCAUAAAUAUUUUCUAUUGACUGGCUUAACUCUGACGCAUGCGUUUUAAUUAAGACCUUACACAGUUUUCAGUUCUUUUUUUAAAAAGAACUGUUACUAUAUGUGCAUUCAAAUUUU